GUUUUCCAAAUAAAAUAUGUGUAAAGUAUCCUAAACUGAAAUCCAGAUGAUUCUGGAAAAUUUGUAUAAAAAUAUAUAUGGUAAUUUUCUUCAGAAUAGCUAUUGGAGAAUGAACAUGGGGACAAUUCCUAUAUACAAAAUUUGAUGUAGGAAUUUGUUAGAAGGGUAAAUCUCAUUUAAAAUGUUGAAUUGUGUUGGAUAUUAUGUAGCGUGCACAUGACGUCAUUUCCUCGCGACAGCGCACACCUAGAGGACGCUGAGCAAAGCAUGGAACACCUUGGUGUUUUAUUACUAGUGUUGAUGAGUUUAUUAUACUUACCUUUGGCAGAAGUGUUUGCAAGUGUUCAGAAGUGUCCGAGAGAAGAGUUUCCAUGUAAUAACCACAGGUGUAUAUCUCUGAACCUACUCUGUGAUGGUGUGGACCACUGCGGGGAUGGAAGUGAUGAGAUUUCAUGCUUUAAUUGCAAUACUGGUUCCAACCACUGUGUGGUAGCAGCACCUUGUAUUCAUAAUCGCAGCAUCUGUGAUGGCAAACCCGACUGCCCGAAUGGAGCAGACGAACAGUUGGAUAAGUGCACAGGACUUCAUAAAACAAAAGUAUGCUCCAAGUCAGAUUUCACAUGUGCUAAUGGAGAAUGUGUGCCUAUUUCAUGGAGGUGUGACAACUCCAACGACUGUAAAGAUGGCAGUGAUGAACUAGGUUGUGAUAUAAAUGAGUGUAAGGACGAUAAUGGGGGCUGUUCCCACCUUUGUGUAGAUCUGCCAUUAGGUUUCAUGUGUGACUGCCCCAGUGGCAUGAGGUUGGUCAAGGAUACACACUGUGAAGAUGUGGACCAUUGUCUUGAUUCAGAUGUGUGUGAUCAGAUUUGCAUCCAUUCCAAUGAAUCUCUUACAUGUGAGUGUCAGGACGGGUAUGAUCUGACCCCGGGGACGGGCCAGUGCAAGGCUAAAGGUGGUGUUGCUCAUAUUGUGGUCUCCACUAUUGAUGGUGUUAAGUGGAUGGACCUCAACGGCUCCGAGGAAAGGAGCAUCACAAAUCAAACGGGGACACCAGGACCUCUUGCAACGCAUAACGCAAAAAACACACUGUAUUGGGCCAGUCCAGACGAUGAUGUAAUCUACGGCAUGCCGGUGGACUCCAGUGACCACAGAUCUUCGGUGUUGAUAAAGGCCUCCACUGGCAUUGUGGGAUUGGCAGUGGAUGAGAUCCACGAGCAUCUGUACUGGGUCAGCACCAGUACACACGGUUUACAUGUGGUCUCACUGAAUGGCUCAGAUCAAAGUCAGCUCAUCUCUGGGCUCUCCAGACCCACUGCAGUCGCUGUCCAUCCUCUGCUAGGACUUUUGUUCUGGGCUGAUAGUGGGACGUCUCCCAGAAUUGAGUGCGCAAGGGUGGAUGGACACCACAGAAAAGCACUUAUAUCCUCUUCUAUACGUCACCCAGUAGCAAUUUCAUUAGAUAUCCCUCGUGGUCUUUUAUAUUGGGCUGACUCGGACCGUCACACCAUUUCAAGGGUUGCAUUUGAUGGAAGACAUAGAAAAACAGUUGUAGAAUCCAAUGGAUAUCUGGACAGACCGUUUGGACUGGCAGUAUUUGAGAGUCGAGUGUACUGGAGUGACCGAUACACCAACUCCACUUGUAGUGCAAAUAAGCACCACGGUGGCGAUCUUCAGAUAUCCCAGAGACUCGGUCCUGUUUCACCUGCUGGACUGGCCGUCUUUCACCCAACCUUUAAUGCAGACAAAGCUGUGCCUUUAUCAGAAACAAGAGGCCUGCUGUCUGAUUCGGCUUUUACGUGGAUCCUCUCCUUGACUGUGUUUCUCAGCCUGUUGUUGGUGGUGGCAGUGCUGUGGUGGAUGAGAUCAGAAUUCGGUUUCGCUCGCUCUGUCUCUCUUAUUGAACACACGGCAGUCAAGGAGUCUCAGGAUCCUCUUCUGCUGGCCGGGCCAACUGUUGUACAUGAACACAAAGUAAGAAUUAUGAACCCAUGAUGGCACACAGAUUGGUUCAGUGCAGUGAAACUCAAUGUGUUUUCCUGUAACAGGAACCUGUCAAUCUAGUGGUUGAUACCGUGGCCCCAUUUCCUGCACUGGUCGUGUAAACGGGAAGCAGAGUGAGGUGGGCAAUGGAUGUCACAAAAACUGUCUUCACCCAAAAUCCCCAUCCUGUGUGUGUGUGUGUGUGUCCUUAUGAAUAAUAAUAAUAAUCUGCAUUAAUAGAUAAAAUGGAAAAAGUCCAAAAUUAUGGCACUUAUUUUAAGCUUUUUGGUUUAAGUUCUCUGUCUAAGAAGAAAGCUACAAGAGGGUGCAUAAUGUUUAUUUCUGUCACACAAAAGCCUUGAACCAUUGUGUGUGAGGUUUAUUUAUUUGUAGGCCCUCCAUAUUGUACUGUUCUACUGUAAAUCAAAACUAUGUUUGCUUUGAAUUGAUUUGAUCUGUAAAUCUUGACUUUGUAGAUUAUGUUUGAGACUGACUCGGUGCAGCAGAAUAUCACAAUAACAGUAUUUUAAGCCUUAUGUCAAUACUUCAAUCUGGCCAUGUAGUGGCACAACAGAGCUUAGAUUUAACAUGACUGCUGUCAUUAAUUUAAUGUUUCAUUUGUUUGUUUUUUGUUCUCUGUAAUUGCUGUCAUUUUUGAUUAAUGGCAUUUGAUCUUUUAAGGUCAGUGGUGCACAAAUUGACAAAUUUCUGGUAUGUGAAAUGUGAACAUGGAGACGAAAUGUAAAUAUCCCGCAUUUAAAAAUGCUGGAUAUGCCAUUGAGUACUGUGGGAACUGUUAGUUUAUUUAUUGGGUGGGGAAAUAAACAAAUGUUAUUUAUUUUGUUGCGGUUUCUAUAAUGUUUUAUUUCCAUUAAAGUAUUGAGACAUUUCGCCAUUUAAUUUCUUUAGUAUUCAUAACAUUUCAGCUCUGUCACAUUCAUUUAUAAUGUAAAUGGUACAGUUUUACUUUAGUAGUUUGAAUGCUUUCUUAUUCAUUAACGUUAUAAUUUGUUAGACUUUGAGAAAUAAAACAUGAGUUGGAAAUUG